CAGAAGUUUUAUUUUCAGCAUUUCUCCUUUGUCUCUGCAGGUAGUUUUGAAACCAGUUUCUUAAAUAGAAGUAAAAGAACCUGCGAGACCAUGAACUCCUACACUCCAGAGGACUUUGACUUCACUUUCCUGGAGGAGGGGUUUUAUGCCUGUGAUGUUGUUGAGCAGAGGAUCAACGAGUCAUCGAUGUCGGAUGACAAAGACGCCUUUUAUGUGGCGGACUUGGGAGAGGUCCUGAAGAAGCACCUGAGGUGGGUGCGUACCCUGCCCCGCGUCACGCCCUUCUACGCCGUCAAGUGCAACGACAGCCGCGCCGUUGUCAUGACGCUUGCCGCUCUGGGGACGGGGUUCGACUGCGCCAGCAAGAAUGAGAUCCAGCUGGUGCAGUCUCUCGGGGUGGACCCCAGCAGGAUCAUCUACGCCAACCCCUGCAAGCAGGUGUCCCACAUUAAGUACGCCUCUGCCCACGGGGUCCAGAUGAUGACCUUCGACAGCGAGGUGGAGCUCAUGAAGGUCGCCCGUUACCAUAAAAAUUCCAAGCUGGUGCUCCGCAUCGCCACGGACGACUCGAAGGCGGUGUGCCGGCUGAGCGUGAAGUUUGGGGCGACACUGAAGAGCAGCCGGCUGCUCCUGGAGCGCGCGCGGGAGCUGGGCCUCGACAUCAUCGGGGUCAGCUUCCACGUGGGCAGCGGCUGCACCGACCCCGAGACCUACAGCCAGGCCAUCUCAGACGCCCGCUGCGUCUUCGACAUGGGAGCGGAGCUGGGCUACAAUAUGACCCUUCUGGACAUUGGCGGAGGAUUCCCUGGGUCCGAUGACUCCGAGCUGAAGUUUGAGGAGUUCACAGCUGUUAUAAACCCAGCGCUGGACAAGUACUUUCCAGCCGACUCUGAAGUCCAAGUAAUCGCUGAGCCAGGCCGCUACUAUGUGACUUCAGUCUACACGCUGGUGGUUAACAUCAUCGCCAAGAAGGUGGUGAUGAAGGAGCAGUUAGCCUGUGAUUAUGAAAAUGAUGGGGCCAACAACAGGACCCUGAUGUACUACGUGAACGAGGGGGUCUAUGGUUCCUUCUUCGAAGUCUUUUUGGACCACACCUAUGUCCUGACAAGUCUGCAUAAGAAACUCAAGCCGGGUGAGCGCACCUACCCCUGCAGCAUCUGGGGCCAGAGCUGCGCCGGGCUGGACCGCAUUGUGGAGCAGUGCAUCCUGCCUGACCUGCAGGUGGGCGAAUGGCUGCUGUUCCACAACAUGGGGGCCUACACCAUCACCAUGUCCUCCAACUUCAACGGCUUCCAGAAGCCCGACAUCCACUAUGUGAUGUCCCGGAGUGUGUGGCAACGCAUUCAGCAGAUCUCCACUCAGGGGCUACACUUCCCCGUUGAAGAGGCCUGUCCCAGCGACCUGCCGUCCUGCUGCAGGAGGGAGAGCAGCCUGGAGCUGCCGGCCAAGCCCUGCCCCGCCCGUGUGCAUUCAGUCCCAUAAUGAAUGGGG